UUGGACGGACAGUCGAAAGCUGACGGGAUACACUCGAGCGGCAAACACUGGUGUGCGCGUAAAGUGUCUGCCUGUUAAAGCUGGUCUACCACACGGACGAUCACCGAGGAUAUCUGGGCUGUCUGUUGGGUAAAUAAAGAUCAGACGUCGCUCUUCAAAAACCCCACUGCGGCGCGCAAGAACAAGAGGAGCAGGGAUUGCCUUCUGCGAGUCAUAUUGUCUACAAGAGCUUGCUGGGACUAAAUAAAUCUCUAAACACCAUGAAACGCGGUCAGUCUGGGGGUAAGAUUUUCAGUUGCGUGAAUCCAAACGCAGAACGCUAUUGAUCGGAGGACAGACUGGGGCGACUGGAGGGGUAACAUUGCUGUCUGUUAACAUUCCCCCGUGUUUCAAGUUAUAUAAGCGGAGAAGAAGUAAGAUAAGAUUUUGUUUUUACAGCCGACACGCUGACUGUAUGGACUGAGUUUUCCGAGAGGUUGCACUCUGAAGAACCAACAACGUGUUUAUGGAUUGCUGCGCAGCGAGGAGCCCCGGGAGUUGUAGGCUACGCUCUUAUGCAUCGAUCAUGUUGAUACCUCGCUGUUGCUGUGAACUUUGAUUAGAUGUUUACGGGAAGAACUCAGUAAUUCCGAUAAACCAUUUAAAUAAAUACGCUCAAAUAAGCUCAGAUUGACCUCUGGAGGAAGUGGGAAGCGCCUGUUCGCCCUUCCUCGUUUUUUUCUCUCCCAAGACGUCAGCAGGAUCUCAGUCUCUCCUUCUGUGAUUUAAACAAAGAGCAAAGUGUUUGGGGAUAGCAUGGCAAUGGUAGUAAACCAGUGGCCAGAGAACAUUUCUGCAGAUCCGGGGUCUCAGCUCCAGAUAUGCAGCCAGGAGCCCGGCGGUGCACCGGGGACCCCCAACGGUUCCACCCCGGGGACUGACACACUUUCCGGGGACAAAAUCCCCAACGUGGACUGCAUGGUGUGCGGAGACAAGUCCAGUGGGAAGCAUUACGGUCAGUUCACCUGCGAGGGAUGCAAAAGCUUCUUUAAGCGCUCGGUGAGGCGGAACCUCUCGUACACCUGCCGGGGGAACCGAGACUGUCCCAUCGACCAGCACCACCGGAACCAGUGCCAGUACUGCCGCCUGAAGAAGUGCCUGAAGGUCGGCAUGAGAAGAGAGGGUAAGACUAUAGCUGUACAGCGAGGACGCACAUCGAACUCCCAGACCAGCCCGGGGCAGUACCUGACCAACGGCACCGACCCGUACAACGGCCAGCCGUACCUCUCCGGCUUCAUCUCUCUGUUGCUGCGCGCCGAGCCUUACCCCACCUCUCGCUACGGGGCCCAGUGCAUGCAGGGAAACAACCUGAUGGGCAUUGAGAACAUCUGCGAGCUGGCGGCCAGGCUGCUCUUCAGCGCCGUGGAGUGGGCCAAGAACAUCCCCUUCUUCCCCGACCUGCAGCUCAUGGAUCAGGUGGCUCUUUUGCGUAUGUCCUGGAGCGAGCUCUUUGUCCUGAACGCCGCCCAGUGCUCCAUGCCGCUCCACGUGGCCCCUCUGUUGGCAGCGGCAGGCCUGCACGCAUCGCCCAUGUCAGCGGAGCGCGUGGUGGCCUUCAUGGAUCACAUCCGGGUCUUCCAGGAGCAGGUGGAGAAGCUGAAGGCCCUGCAGGUCGACACGGCUGAAUACUCCUGCCUCAAGUCCAUCGUGCUCUUCACGUCUGAUGCAAUGGGGCUGUCAGAUGUUACACAUGUAGAGAGCAUCCAGGAAAAGUCCCAGUGUGCCCUGGAGGAGUAUGUAAGGAACCAGUACCCGAGCCAGCCGAACCGCUUCGGACGCCUCCUCCUCCGCCUGCCCUCCCUGCGCAUUGUCUCUUCUCCGGUCAUCGAGCAGCUGUUUUUCGUCCGCCUGGUUGGCAAGACACCCAUCGAGACGCUGCUCCGCGACAUGCUGCUCUCAGGCUCCAGCUACAACUGGCCGUACAUGCCCACCGUGCAGCGCGACCGGCCCAUCUCCCUCCACUACAACGAGAACGGGCCCUGAGGAGGACGGACAGGAAAAGCUGCGGGAGAAAUCAGGCUGAACGUCCGUCAAACUGGUCAUCCAUCCAUCCAUCCAUCCAUCCAUCCAUCCAUUCUCCGCGUUCAACUUCCUCUCCCAGCUUCUCCCUCACCAUUCCACUUAAAAAACCCAGACUGACGAUACCACCCGUUUCCCGGUUCCUCAAGCCAGCCAAUCAUUCAUGGCCAUUGCAGAGACUUGACGGCCCAUCAGCCAACAGUGCAGGCUACAUUUGAGAUGUGGCACGAGAUGGACAAGUUGGUAGAACGGGUUAUUGCGCAGUUCACUAGCAGGUCUGAUGGACUCACUUCAGAUGUCACUUGUCUCAAACCCCAUGAGAAAAGGGGGUAGCAAAAGACAACAUAUUUGCUUUGCUGUUGGUGCCUCAGUACGGUGAAUACUGAGUAAGGGCUUUGCCAAUGGGACUCUACAACCAAGAGCACAAGGCCUAUGUAUAUUCACACCUUUUUGAAAAGAAAGCCCGAAGCCAUUAAAAAAAAAAAGACAAAUGCCAAAAUGUCUUGGACUUUUGCAGAGGACAUGUUUUAUUGUGUGUUUGUAUUAGCACUGUUAAUAUGGAGAGAAAACUCAUGAUUGUGUCCAUAUGUACAGUAUAUCGUUGAUUCAUAGGCAUCUAUAGCAUAUUAGAGUUCAAUGGGAAAAGCUCAGGUUCAAAGGGUGGGUAGACAGACAUGCCAAUAUCAGUACAAAAACAAAAAGACAAACACAGUAAACAUUUACACUUAUCAGCAGCCUUUGCCAAAGCUGACAAUGCAUAUUGUUUGCAUUCUUUUGUGAUAGUGUUGGUAAUGAAAAUUGAAUUUUUUGUUUGUUUAUAAUUUGACUAUAUAAUUGUUUUGGGUCUCAGUGGGAAAGAAGGUGUUUGUAAAAAAGAAAAUAUACAAAUUAAAGCUUAUAGGCACUUGCAUAGUCAGAACCAACACUUAUUCACUCCUGUAAACAGCACUGGUAGAUUCUUGCUACCCAUUCGAUUGAUCUACCUUUUUUCAUAAUUCAAAAGGCCUAUUAAAACUCCUCACAUGUUGUUAUCACAGGAGGGACACAACUUCUCCUCAUUAUUGUUUUAUUGUCAUGAUUGUCAAUAGUGGUCCUUGGGGGGGAGCAUUUUACAAAACUAAACUAGCUGUACUUGGCUUAGAACAAAGAUUUUGUCACUGAGCAUUUAUCUUAUGACUGUGCCAUAAUCUCUCGUUACCUGUUAUAACAGGUAUUAUGUCCUGUCAGGGGAGGAAAUGAACUCACAUGAUGUACAAAUUGAUUAAUGUGCACAUUAAGUCAAAGCAAAGUGAUGCAAAAUGCCGAUAUUUUUUAAUGCAUCAAUAGAGAGAAAAGAUAGUUCUGCUUUAAUAUCAUCAGCACUUUGAUUUUUCAGGCCUCAUGCGAGUUCUUUUCCUCUUCUUGAUGAAAUUGUCAUGUAGGGAAAAAACCCUCGUCUCAUGUCAUUUGAGCUUAUCGUAACGAUACCGUAGAGAACCGUAUCACUAACCUCUGAAAACCUCAGUCUAUGUUACAAUAUUAUCCCAGUUGGACUUAUGACUGUGACUUAGCUUAGGACUAUUUUACGUUUUUUUUUUCUCUUCCCUUUGGUGGAAGCAAGUUUGUUUUGACAACCUGUCUCACAUUUCCAACAUGACACUGUGGUAUCAACUUUGGCAUUGGAAAAGCCAUCUGGGACCUGAGAAAGCUAUCUGUUGAUAAAUGAAUUCACAGAACGUUUGUUUUUAUCUGCUCUACUUUUGUUUGGAAAUAUGGAUUAUCCAAUAAUUGAAAUAAAAAUCUGUUGUUCACAGAA